UUUUUUUUCAUUUCUGUGUGUCUAUUAUCCUACUGGAUACAGAUAGAUCCGACAGAUAGUCUAUCGAACGCUAUCGAUAGUUUACUAUCGAACGGCAACAGUCUGACAGUCACUGUCAGUCAGUUGAGUUAACUUUUUCAAAAUAAUAAUACAAUACAAAGUUCAUAGAGGAAUUCAUAUCGUGUUCCAAAUAAAUGAAAGAAAUCAUAGAAAAAAAUCUACGUAACUAAAUAUUUCUAUUUGAACUUUACUUUAAAAUAUCGCACUGUAGUACAGAAUAGAAGGCAGUGAAUAUAUUGUUUUUAUUUUGAGGUUAAAGAAAAUGAUUUUUGUCACUAGAAAAAUAUGUAUAGGUAACAAGUGUUUCAUGAAAAGAUUACCACACAAUUUUUAUUUAAAAGAGAAAAGCAUGUCUACUAAUUUAAUUCUAGGGAUCGAAACAUCCUGCGAUGAUACAGGUUGUGCUAUUAUUAAUGUUAAAGGAGAACUGAUAUCAGAGACUUUACAUUCUCAGCAUUUAAUGCAUUUGAGGAAUGGUGGUAUUAUACCAGAUGUAGCCCAAGAUCUACACAGAUCUUACAUUAAACCAAUUGUAUUAAAUACUUUGGAAAAAGCUAAUUUAACAGUUGAAGAUAUUUCAGCUAUUGCUGUCACUCUUAGACCUGGACUGCCACUGAGUCUUGCUGUGGGCAUGAAAUUCGCUAAACAAUUAGCACGACGCUAUAAAAAACCUAUAAUACCUAUUCACCACAUGGAAGCACAUGCUUUAGUUGCCAGGAUGCAUUAUAAUAUAGAUUUCCCCUUUCUUGUAUUGUUGAUAUCUGGUGGACAUUGUCUUUUAGCUGUUGUACAAGAUGUGAACAAAUUUAAACUUCUUGGAGAAAGUAUUGACUGUGCUCCUGGUGAAGUAUUUGAUAAAGUUGCAAGAAGAAUGAAACUAAGGAAUGUGCCUGAAUAUUCAAAAAUAUCAGGAGGUCAGGCAGUUGAACUUGCAGCGUCCAAAGCAACUAACCCGCAUAUGUUUAAACUGCCCUUGCCAUUGGCAGAGUAUAAAGAUUGCAAUUUUAGUUUCAAUGGAUUGAAAACUGCUGUUUUACGACAUCUUCACAGGAAAGAAAAUGAGCAUGAAAUAGUGGCAGAUAAAAUUAUACCUGAAGUAAACGAUUUAUGUGCUGCAAUGUUAUCAGCUGCAUCAAGGCAUUUAGUACACAGAACACAAAGGGCUAUGGCGUUUUGCCAGGACAAUGGACUCAUACCACCUGAUAACCAAAACUUGGUGGUGUCUGGGGGUGUUGCAUGUAACAAUUUUAUAUUUAAUGCAUUGAGUAUAUUGUGUAAUGAGUCAAAUUAUAAACUUUAUAGACCAGCAUCUAAAUUGUGUACUGAUAAUGGAAUUAUGAUAGCAUGGAAUGGAUUGGAAAAGUAUAGAAAAAACAUUGACUUGACAACAGAUUAUGAUUCAUUAGAUAUAGAAGCAACAAGUCCUUUAGGUGAAAGUUUAAUUCAUGAUGUUAUGACUGCAAAAAUACCAAUGAAGCUAAUGAAAUUAAAGUUAUAAAUAAAAUUACUUUUGUUGAUGUU